CUUUUUGAUGAUCCUUUGCCAUUUUGGAUAUUAACCGACCCUAGGCUUGCUACCCGUCUUGAGGAAAUCAGUGUGAAGCGCAACCGAGAUGGAUGGACGUUGACGGACCAGCUUCUUGAGUACGAGGGUACUGAGGAAGCGUCGCGCCCAAUUGAUGUCCACUUUUGGUACGACACUGUUGGAACACCUUCGGAAGCGUGUCCAAAGGGUAAUGCGCUCGUAAUCACUGUGAGAUGCAUGCCUAACAAGAAGGAGCCUGAGAUUCGUCUUCCUCGUUCUUGCCCGGAUGGAACUUGCGAUGGAUGCCUUUUUCAUGCUAUUGUUGAAUCAGUGCAGGUGGUUCUUUUGAGUUAA